UAUGCUUGGGUAUAUAAAAGGCGAUUGCGGCGCGCUGAAUUCGCUCAUAAAGAUCGCGCAAACUGCAGACUGAAAAACUUAAAAUUUGAAAUGGGUGUCCGUAUCUUCAAUAGUUGUGUCGUUUUAUUAGUGGUGUUAUAUGUAUUUUGUGGUGACAGUGAUGCAGCUGCCAUCAGUAGCAAUCCACGCAGUGUAGGCUCCCUUACGCCAGCUACUAAAAAUGUGUAUGCGCCACAUCUCCGCAUCGCACGUCAAGCAUACUCCGAUGAAGAUGGCUCUGAAGAGGAUGCUGAAGUGCAAGCAGAACAGUUGGCGCAACAACAACUCCAACAGCAACAAGCCUCAGACUCGCACUCACAAGAGGAAAGCGAAGAGGAUGGCGAGGACGAUGACGAUAACGAUCGUAGACGUCGUCGUCGUCGUGAAACACCUGCCGCGGGGGCUGAAAAAUUAGAGCAGUCGGCGCUACCAAUAAAGGAAGCUGAAUCUGCUGCGGUACCUGAACCCGUGCCUGUGCCUGCGCCAGCCACAAGCGAACAAAUAGACGAAUACAAGGAAACUACGCAAAGCAACGAAACUAAUGCGCCAGUUGUAAAUACCGCCACUGCAACAACAGUCACCACCAGCGCACCGCCGCGCAAUACGUCCGUGCUCAUACUCAUUCGCGAUGCCUUGAAAAAAGUCACCACCCUACCCACUGAGCAGGUGGCUACCAAUGCGCUGCAGUAUUUCCAACUUUUCGAACAUUUCAUACAGAAGACCAUCGAAGAGGUGAUCGGCGACGAUGAUGAUGACGAUGAUGAGGCUGCUAACGCUGCUGCUGGCGCCACCGCGACCACCAUCAAACCUGAUGCUAUUUUCACACCCGAAGAGGAGGAGCUUAUUGCCGGUGUUGAAGAAAUCUUGAAGGAACCCGAAUUGGUUACCAAGCAGCCGCAGGUAGUGACACCAGCUGGUACACAAAUGGAGGUGGUGAAUCAGGCACCACUAGAAACCGAUGAUAUAGUGGGUUCAACGAAACCGGCUCCUGGUGGACCCACACUUGAAACAGUGCAGGAAGAGAAACCAGCGAUUGUUGCUGAACCAGCAAAAGUUGAGGAGCCAGUUACGAACUCUGUUUAAGUUCACCUCCUAUGAUUCGUUGUAUUAAAUUUAGUUAGGCGCACUUAUUUAUUAACUUAUUUAUUGCAUAGCUUUGU